AUGCCUGAUGAUACCCAAGCUGAGAAUGUAAUUUUUUUUUAUUUGUAUCUACUAAUAUCUUGUGCUUUUGCUAAAAAAAGUAGUGGUGGUAGUAGAGGUUCCAGUUCUUCAAGCAGUAGUCGUCGUAAUUCAAAAACAACAUCAAGGCCACAUACACAUACUCAGACAGAAUCCAGAGGACCAGGCUGGAAUGUUCCUGAUCACUCAAAUUCACGACCAGUAGGAACACCCCCUCCUUAUAGUAAAUACCCUGCAUCUUCGACAAAUUAUCAUCAACAAUCUAGUAAUCCUAGUUACAAUCCACCUCAAACAAAUAAAUAUCAGCCAUCAGCUCCAGUAGACUCUGGCCAUUAUAAUACCAAUAAUAAUCCUAAUCGCUAUAACACUCACUCUAGUUAUCCAACACAACCACCCUCAAAUGGUUACCAUGCACCUCCCGCUUACAAUGCACCACCCGCUUACAAUGCACCUCCUGCCUAUCAUGCACCUGCCUAUCACGCACCUCCUGCUUAUCAACCAUACAAUCCUUACCAUGGCCAUUCAUCUGUACCAGGAGCUGGAUAUAAUCCUCCAGUUGGUCAUGCACCUACAACAGUUUAUGUCCAGCAAGGAGGAUCAUCUGGCAGACCAGGAAUUGGUCAACUUGCCAAAGAGGCUUUUGUUUAUGCUGGAGUUAGUGCUGGUGUAAAUGCUGCAGUUAACAGAAUUUUACCAGGUGGUAUUUCAGGCCACAGACAUGAUACUUAUUAUCCACCACCACAAGUUGCUAGUAAUGGCGUUGUACCAACAGUUACCAAUACUCAUAUAAUCAAUAAUUAUUAUAACAAUGGUACUUCUGUACCUGCUGGUGAACCUGCAGUUCAAUCUGCUGGUCAACCUGCUGCACAAGUUAAUCAACCUGCAGUUCAACCUGCAAUUCAACCUGCAAUUCAACCUGCAGUUCAACCAGCUCAAGCUAGUGCUCCACCAUCAGUGCCAUCCAAUGAUCCCACACCAGCAGUUGUUCCUAUUGGUGCUCCAGAAAAUAUAAAUAAUAGUCAAAACUCACCACCACCUGCACCACCUGCACCAGUAUUUGAUGAAAAUACAUUUCCAAGUCCUUCAGGUGCAAAUGUAACCAAAACUGAAGUUCUACAAUUUACAGAAGAUUUAUUUACAAAUGAUAAAAACAAUGCUUAUAAAUACAUCACCAUGAAUCUUCAAGGACAAAAAACUGAUGAUUCUACUAAAGAUGAUGCACCAGAACCAUUGCUGGUGGUGAAGGAUGAAGCUUAUGAAAUUCCAACAAUUAGAAAUGUUGUUGCACUUCAUGAUAGUUUUGCUCUUGAUGUAAAAGCUAAAGAAAUUCAAAGCCCUGAAAAAUACAAGAAGAUUAAUGACUUGUUGGAAUCAUUUAUUGAAACUGAUGUCAUGAAAAAAACCAUGACAUUUUUAUCUGAUAAAGGUUUCUUGCCAGCUGGAACUCAAGAAUACGAAUUUAAAGAUACUCUUCGAGGAAUUUGGUUUGCACUUUUCAAAAGAACAGAGGGUGAAGCUGGAAGUAGUGGUUUUGAAACAAUUUUCUUAGCUGAAAAAUUUGAUUCUGAAAUUAUUGGUAUGCAUAAUUGGAUAUACUAUGCUAAACAAGAAGCUUCAAAAAAUAUGAAUUAUCUUGGAUAUAUAAAAGAAACAAAAUUGGGAACAAAUGGAGCAAUUGUCAAGUUGCGUUCUUCUUUAAAUGAUGUUAUUCAACCAGUAUCAUCAAUAUUCGUUGGAACAUCACCAGAAUUAGAAAUGGCUUUAUAUACAAUGUGCUUUUAUGUACGACCCAAUGUACCAUGUCCUAUUAAACUUGGAGGAAAUGAAUUUAUUAUUAUCUCCAAUGCUAUUAAUUAUUACGGAAGAGAUAUUCUUAUUUCUGGUUUUCCAGAAAUUUAAAAAACAAAAAUUUAAUUAAUCUACGUUUGAUAAUUUUUUCUAUAUCAUUAAUAAUCUUUAUACGAUUGUAUAUUUCAAUACAAACAUAAAAUUUAUCAGGAAAAUGUACAAAACUGUUUGUUUUUUAUGUAUUGUAUUAUAUUUUUUUUUUUUUUUUUUAUUUUUCAAUAAAUAAUAUUGAGUAAUCCCUCUACUAUUGAAGUUAAUAAUGGUUUUGAUUUUAUUUUUUAUAACACGAUUAGAUAAAAAUUCCAGAAAGUUUAUUAAACAUCACAUAAAAUUUUUUUAAAACAAAAUAACAUAUAAAUAAUUAUAAAAUUAACUGUUAAACUAAUUAACAUAUAAAAUAAGAUUAAUUAAAAAUAAAAAAUAAUAAUACUGGAUGGUUGAAAUCACACGAUAAAAGAAAAAGAAAGAAAA